AUGCCAGAUCCCAAGAUCGAACUGCCCGCCACGGAUGCAUACGUUGAUAUCCAACUCCUUAAUGGAGGAAGCAUGACGGCCAGAACCCACAUGCUCCAUGCGGGGGAGGAGCCAACAAAAGAGUUUCGGCUGUAUAACUGGGCGUUUUUCAUCCAACACGCCAAACAAGGGCGGCGCAUGCUCUGGGAUCUGGGAAUGUCAUCGGCGCCGGAAGAUUUCCCACCAGCUAUAGUAAAUGGGCCAUUGAAGGAAAUCCAGCCUCAGGACCCGCGCGAGUCAAUCCAAAAGCAAAUCGAGCGUCGCAAUGGGAUUUCGGCUGAUGAAAUCGACACCAUCUUGCUCAGUCACGCACAUUAUGACCACUGUCGACCAGUAAGACGGGAUUUUAAGAAUGCGACUGUUCUUUUUGGCCCUGGCACAUCUGAAUACUGUGCCCCCGGUCACUUCAUGAACUCGUCCUCUCCGUGGGAUGGAAGAUACUUCGAUCCAGGACGAGUGACAGAACGGUGGGAAACAUUACAAGGGCCGUGGACGCAUUUCGGACCGUUUGAACGCGCGAUGAACUUUUUUGGAGACGGGAGCUUCUGGGUCAUCCAGGCUCCGGGCCAUAUGCCAGGUAAUCUGGCUGCUUGUGCUAGGCUCGCAACAGGAGAGGCACUUCUCGAUGGUACUAAGGAAUUCGGGACCUUCGAGCUCGGAGGGAGUAUGGCUUGUCUCCAUACAGAUGUCACUGCAGCAAAGGACACACUGGCACGGAUUAGAUUGAUGGAAAAAGAGCUGGGGGUCCACGUUGCCUUGGCUCAUGAUGCUACCUGGAUGCAGGAGGAGAAUGAUCCGGUUUUAUUAUCUCUCCUGGAUGAGAAAUUCUUAAACGAUAUGCGUGCCGCCUUUCCACAGCAACAGCCUUUCUAG